AUGGUGAGACCCAAAUGGUAUGCCUGUACUACUAUGGUUGUUCAACGUGAUGGAAGCUUUGAAGUAAAGGGCAACCACAACCACAUUGGUAAAGUUGGGGCAGCAGUGGCUGUUAAAAUUCUAAAAGACGUCAAAGCAUCAACCAUUGUGUGGGAGGUAACUGGUGGAACAAAUUGAUAUUUAUUCAGUAUGCGUGAUAACAUUUAUAAUAUUUAAAGCCAAAAUAAUUGUACAAAUAUACAUGUUGUUUAUGGAACUAAUAUUGACCUUUGCCUAAUUUGGUUGUUCCAGGUCCUGUUGGAGAAAUUGACCAAUGCACCCUGUCCUACCCUACCAAGACCUGA